UACCGCACAGCAAGAGAGCAUAGAGUUCCUCUUCUCCGUUUCUUCCGCUGCUUUGGCGCCGUAGUAGCUACUAGCCGUUCUUUGAUCGAUUCCUCCCUUUUCCCCAGAUUCCUCCUCAAGUAGGCGCUCCAGCGCGAGAGAUUCUAGCGGCGCUAGCGAAUUUCUUCCCCGAUUGUCUGCCGGGAGUGGCGAAACUCGUGGCGCAUUGCAGAUAUUUCGAGGCCGUCGGCGAAGAGCGCGUGGAUCGAUAUUUCUUGGCAUUUUUCCCUUGUUCUAGGCUAGGUCGAGCAAGCGCGCGGCGAGAGGGGUGGGAUUUCGGGAGAAUCGAUGGAGCAAGGGCUAUGGGUGUGCGAUUCGUGUACGUUCCACAAUGCGGCGGUCCAGCGCGUGUGUGCUAUGUGCGCCCAGCUCCGGACGACGCAGGGAAUGCACUACUUUGGAGAUCUCUACAGGGCAUCGACGAGCGCGGCCGCCGAUGCUGCUUCCACCGCCGCCUCCUCCACGCCGGAGAGGUCGAAUGGCUUCUCCGUGUGUAGCGUCCCUCGCCUCGUCGCGGGGGCUCUCUCGGGAGCGCUCACGGGGAUGUUCGCCAUAGUGGGAGCUCUCACUGGAGCAGUGACUGGCGCUGUGGCGGGGCGGGCGACUGAUAGUGGGCUGAUUCGUGGAGCUGGGCUUGGGGCCGUCGCUGGAGCCGUGCUCUCGGUGGAGUUUCUCGAGGCUUCUCGUGCUUACUGGCACUCUGAGCGAUCCGGUUCACGAUCCAGGGCGUCACUGGCAGAGUUUGUGGAGGACGUCUUAAACGGCAGGUUCAUGCACGAUCAGGUUGGCCCAGCAUUAUUGACUGCACACCAUUGGCAGGUGAACAUUGACGACAUGACUUACGACGAGCUGUACGACAUGUUUGGCCCCGCCGAAGGGACCAAAGGAGCGUCCGAGGCUUGUCUCAAGGAGCUCCCAUGGCACACGGUGACCACCGAGAACUGUGUGGAUGGCUUCGGCGACUUUGUGUGCUGCGCGAUAUGCUUACAAGAGCUUCAAGGUGGGGAGAUUGCGAGGUGUUUGCCACACUGCCAACACACGUACCAUAUGGACUGUGUCGAUAAAUGGCUGGCGAGACAUGGCUCUUGUCCUGUGUGUCGGCAGGGAAUCUGACGGGAUGCGCUCCCAGAAUAUGCCCUGACCCAACUGUACAUAGUUUCAUUCCUCCGCAGGGAUUUUUUUGUGUAUUCCAGUGCUAUCGCGAUGGCCGGAUGCGUUUAAUUAAAGCAUUGUUAGUCUAA